GACACAAUAAAAAAUACAGGGAAGAAGCAUAAUCUAGGCCAGUUUAACAGUAAAUAUGAUAAUAGAUGCCCUAUAUUUCCACCUCAUCGGUGAAAUUUAUAUUAAAAUGAUAAAUACGAGUGUUAAUAUCUGUUCUAUUUUGAGAAUAAUGUAUUUUGAGAGCUGUACAGUAUAGUGUUGGUUUUGAAAAAAAUAAACAAUGGAAGAUCAUAACGAGUCUCACAUUUUUCCUCGGUAAAAUGGCUUCUUCGUCGUUGAAAAGUACUCGGAAAACCUACAGCUUCGAAGAACGGGAAAUUUUGAUAACCUUGAUAAAUAAAUACGAGGACAUCGAGGAUAAGAGGUCCGAUCCAAUAUCGAUGUACAAACGAAAAUCGGCAUGGUCCCAACUUGCUAAUGAAUAUAACUCGAUGGUUGGUCCCCAAGGCAUUCGUUCUGCUGUCCAAUUACGACGAUGUUGGGAAAAUAUGAAAGCUUGCAAACGAAAUCGAGAGGAAAAGAAAUUACGCAUGUCAAAAAGUCUUUAUCAAUUGUCCAAAGAUCAUAUGCGAUUGAAGAGUUGGGAAAAUAGACAUUCUCUACCGGAAGUCCCAAGACCUACCGGAACUGUAGGACUACCGCCAAACGUUGUUUUCGAACCGAAGGAGUCAGAACCGUUCACAUUGCAAAGUGUUUGCACCACGAAGCCUUUGCGAUCGAAUUUGAAGGACGAAAAUAAUUGUAAAGAUAUAGAUUCGCUUGCUGAUAAAACGGAUUCCAAUUUAUUCACACCCGGUCCAAUGGCUGAAUCCAACGAUUUGGAUUCCACGCACCUUGCCGCCCAUUUGGAUAAAGAAGAAUCGCCCAGGAAGGCUCGUUUAAUUUUCAAAUCAAACGGAACGCAAACGUUGAUCUCUCCCUCGACUGUUCACGAUCAGCCUCGUCGAACGAAAAGGUCCCAUCACAAAGAAGAAGAAUUACAUGUAUUGGCUCUGUCCGAGGCACAGAUGAAGGUCGACAUCGCUUCUAUGUUGAAAGAGGAGGCCAAGAUUAAAUUGGAAGAGGCUCACUAUCGAAAAGAAGAGGCUAGGCUACGAAUGCUCCUUUUUACUUAUAAGUUAGAUAGGAUAAAGGAGGAUUGAUAUAAGGAAAUAAUAUUGUAUCGAAAGCACGUACAUUUUGGUGCAACAUAGGCUUCUUGGUUAACAUGUUCCCAAAGUAGAUGCUUUGAUAAUUGCUUUUAAUUCUUGGAGAGACUUGGGAGAAUCUUUAAAUGCUUUGUAAGAGUUGAACUUAACAAUUUGUUAAGAGAUAUUUAUAUAAUUGAAGAACCUAAUCUAGAACCUAUGGUAUAUUCUUCCUACGUUCCCUAACCUCAAAUUUUGUAUGAUUCCUCAAAAGCCUAAGUUGCACAUGAUUGUACUAAGUUAUUAGAUAAGGACUAGAAAUAAGAAAACUGUACUUUGAGUACUUCCUGUUGUAUCCGUUUAUUAUCUCUCUAGCUACAAUUUAAACGAAACCGUAAUAAAUAAAAGCUCAUAACUGUUUACGAUACUCGCUACAUUCAAAACGCGAACAGAGAGACUUUCUCGUAGUUGAAAUUUUAUAGAACAAAGAAAGCAUUCUCUUUUCAUCGUUUCGAAUUUAAAACGAAGUUUCAAUGGAUCUUUUUGUCGAUGCAGAGUUUCGUUAAAACGCGUCGUAAGCUUUAGCAAAUAAUAGAAGAUUGUAAUUCGUAGUUUGAUGUAUAAACAUUCUGUAUCAAGCAUCGUCAACGUGAAUGACUUUGAAAGCAGUUUCCCUAUGACGAAAUGGUCAUUCAUUUUGCUCUUGUAAAUACGAAACAUUUCGUGACAUUAAUAAACAUUUCAUUGUAAACAAGUAUUGCUCACGGUGAUAACUUAUACUUCAAUGGAAGAAUAACUCUGUAAACGACAAUGAAUUUCAACGGACUGUUAAAUCAGAACUUCGAUGACCAAUUGUCAUGGCAGUGGUCACUUGACUAGCAAUUCUUGAAGAACAGGAACAAAUGAUGAGACCUCUAAUUACGUCAAAUGUAUAUUAAAAAGAAGAAAAGACUGAUCGCUAAAAGUUGAAGUACAUAGAUAUCGUUGAGAUCAAACAUAGUUUGAAAGAUGUUCCUAAUAAUGCCAUGAAAAUAAGUCGAUGUUUAUAUUCUUCUU